AUGUCAAAUAAAGGCAAAAAUAAAGUUUGUGUCAUAUGCGGUGAUAAAUCAGGUGGCUAUCAUUUUAAUGCAAUUACAUGUGAAUCGUGUAAAUCAUUUUUCAGACGGAAUGCCAUGAAAAGCCAGGAUGAGUUUAAGUGUUAUUUGGGCAGUAAUUGCAAAAUGAAUAUACGGGACAGAAAUGGUUGCAAAAGAUGUCGUUUGGAGAAGUGUUUUGCAGUCGGAAUGAAAACCUCGGAAGAACAAAAACAAAUGCGAAAAUCGAUGAUAGAGGACAAUAGGAAUAGGAAACAUAGUGUGGCCACAAAUAGUAGCCGGGACAGUAGCGAUUCAGACACCAGUCCCUCCCCGCAGACCAUGUGUAAUGACGUGAGCUCUUCCAGUGGACCAUCGGAUGAUGACUUCGCGGAUAUACUUAUGAUCGCAAAAAAGCAUGAAAUGUCGGUCACACCUAUCGUGAGGCCAAUCACCGAUUAUAGCAAUCAGUUCAAUGAGUUGGAGGGCAAGAGGUUUAGUGAACUACUGGAGGCGACUAAGUUUGCUGUCAUUCCCAACGAUUAUACCAACACUAACCAAAUAAUACUCAAGAAUAGUUUAGACGCCUACAAAGUGCUCAUCUCCAAAAAUGACUUUCAAAUCACAAAUAUUAUCAAAAUGUGCAAAUGUUUGGACACAUUCAAUAUGUUGUGCGAAACUGAUCGCAUGAUUUUGACUAAACACUCGGCGAUGGAGAUCGAGAUGUUGAGGCGACUCAUGUGUAUUGACUUCGAGAACAAAUACGUCAAUAUAAUUAUCAAUGAUACCACGUACAAAUUACAUUUCGAUUUGUAUCAAAACUAUCCAUUUCGAGCCAAAGACUAUAUCGGGACCGAUAAUAAUAUAUACAUAGAUUUUCUUGAAACUAUGGGACUAGACUGGGAUUCAGAUAUUACAAUCGUUGACCUGUUAACAGCUAUUGUUCUGUUUAAUCCCAAUCGGCCAAACUUAGUACAUAAGCAUAUGGUUAGGCAUCAUCAAAAUAUCUACCUGUACCUAUUGCAACGCUAUAUAAGAAUGAAAUAUCGUUCAGAGUUGUUAACAAAAGGCAAAUUUCAGCGACUUAUGGAAAACUUAAACCUCAUAUUCCCUAACAACGAACCUAACGGUAUCCCCCCAUAA